AUGAAGUCUUUCACUCCCGUCGCUUUUGCCUUGGUGGCCGCCCUUGGCGUUGUCGCUGCUGACCCUUCCGCCUCUGAGUGUGCUUCCAUGUGUCUCUCCAACAUGAGCAAGCAGGCCGCCGACUUGGGCUGCAAGAAUGGUGACCUCGCCUGCCUGUGCAAGUCCGAUGACUACAAGUUCGGUAUCCGUGACUGCACCAAGGAGGCUUGCCCCAGCGAUGACGCUGAGAAGGUUCUCGCGAUGGCCAUCGCUAAGUGCCCUGGCGGUGUUGCUGGCUCUGAUGGUGACGACUCGGACUCCAAGUCCAGCUCUGCGUCCGGCUCUGACUCCAGCUCCACAAGCUCCGGUGCUGGUAGCGAUGCCACUACCACCGGUUCUGACUCCGUCACCUCCACUGGCGCCUCUGGCUCCAAGACUGCCACCGGCUCCGAUGCCACCGCGACUGGCUCCGGCUCUGCUACCAAGACCGGCUCUGCUACUGCCUCUGGCGCUUCCGGCUCCGGCUCCUCCAUGGUCACCAAGACCAGCACUAGCACCGGCGCUAAUACCACUGCCACUACCACCACCACUUCCGCUGUCUCCGGCUCCGAUUCCGACUCUGACUCUGACUCUGACUCUGGAAACGGUUCUGGCUCCGACUCCAACUCUGACAGCAACGGCAGCUCUGCUUCCGGCUCUGCUGCUCCUUCUUCCAGUGAGGGUGCCGCUGCCCCCAUGGCCACUGUUGGCAGUGGUGCUAUGGGUGUCCUCGGCAUGCUUGCUAUCCUCGCUCUGUAA